AUGAGUAUUCGUGGUUUCUGCCUGGGAACCAACCCCUGGAGCCUAUGGCCCACCCUCCCCGGGCUCAGGGGGUUGCUGGUGCUGGGACUGAUCCUGGGCCUUCAGACCGCCAGCUCCAACGCUUUCUAUCUUCCCGGGUUGGCGCCAGUCAAUUUCUGCGAAGUGAAUGGAGAGACCAAUUACUGUCAGUCAUCAAUAGAACUGUAUGUAAACAGAUUGGACUCAGUAGAGUCUGUGCUGCCUUAUGAAUAUAAUACAUUUGAUUUCUGUCAUGACUUCAAAAAGCAAAGUCCUUCUGAAAAUCUCGGACAAGUACUGUUUGGAGAAAGAAUUACAUCGUCUCCUUAUGAGUUUUCCUUUAACAAGUCAGAGACAUGUGUGAAAGUUUGUAUGAAAUCUUAUGAUACAGCAAAGGAAGAUCAAAAGAAAAAGCUGGAUUUUUUGAAGAGAGGAAUGCAACUGAAUUAUCAACAUCACUGGAUUAUUGAUAAUAUGCCAGUGGUAUGGUGUCGUGAUAUAAAUGGUGGAAAUAAGUACUGUACAACAGGAUUUCCAAUAGGAUGCUUUGUUACCCAAAGUGGCGUAUCCAGUGAUGCUUGCUUCAUGCACCCUGAAUUCAACAAAACUAAUACUUACUACAUCUUCAACCACGUUGAUAUUACCAUUACAUAUCACAGUGAAAAUGAAGUAGAUUGGUAUGUUUCAAAAUUGGUUUCUGCUAGACUUGAACCCAAAAGCUAUAAACAUGUAGAUGAAAACCAUCUAACUUGCAAUGGAACCCCUAUGGAAAUCCCUGGAGACUAUACAGAUAAGUUGAACAUCAUCUACACUUAUUCUGUGAAAUUUGAAGAAAACAAACAGAUCAGGUGGGGUUCUAGGUGGGAUUAUAUUUUGGUGUCCAUGUCUCAUACCAGAAUUCAGUGGUUUAGUAUCUUGAAUUCAUUUGUCAUUGUGCUCUUCUUAACUGGAAUGGUGGCUAUGAUCAUAUUAAGAACUCUCCACAAAGAUAUUAUCAGAUAUAAUCAGGAAGAUAUCCAGAAGGAUUAUGGUUGGAAGCUUGUUCAUGGGGAUGUAUUCAGACCUCCAAGGCAUGGAAUGUUGCUAUCAAUUUUACUGGGUCAAGGAACACAAGUUUUGAUUAUGACAUUUAUUACUUUAUUUCUUGCCUGCCUUGGUUUCCUUUCUCCUGCUAAUCGUGGUGCUUUAAUGACCUGUUCUGUUGUGUUAUGGGUCCUUAUGGGAGCAUUUGCUGGAUACGUGUCUGCUAAGGUGUACAAGUCAUUUAGAGGUCUGAAGUGGAAGACAAAUUUCUUGCUGACGGCACUGCUGUGUCCUGGUGUGGUCUUUGUUGACAUCUUCAUCAUGAAUUUAAUUCUUUGGAUUGAAGGGUCAUCAUCUGCUAUCUCAUUUGGUACCUUGAUAGGAAUCCUUGCAUUGUGGUUUGGAAUUUCAGUGCCAUUAACAUUUUUGGGUGCAUACAUUGGAAGUUUCCAAAAGUUUGACUAUCCGGUUAGUACAAACCAGAUUCCUCGUCAUAUUCCUCACCAGGAUUUCAUUAGAAGACCACUUUUUAGUAUCAUCAUCGGUGGCGUUUUACCUUUUGGUUGUAUUUUUAUCCAACUAUUUUUUAUUCUAAAUAGCAUUUGGUCUCAUCAGAUGUACAUCAUGUUUGGCUUCCUUUUCUUAGUCUUUAUAAUUCUUCUGAUUACUUGUUCUGAAGCUACCAUUCUGCUGUGUUAUUUUCACUUGUGUUCUGAGGAUUAUCAUUGGUGGUGGAGAGCCUUUCUUACCAGCAGUUUUACAGCUGUUUAUUUUUUUGCUUAUGCAGUUUACUAUUUCUUCGCCAGACUUAAAAUCACAGGCAUUGCAAGCACCAUUUUGUACUUUGGGUACACGAUGAUCAUGGUCUUGAUUUUUUUCCUGUUCACCGGAACCAUUGGAUUUUUCUCCUGUUUUAUUUUUAUUUCUAAAAUCUACAGCGUGGUGAAAGUGGAUUAAAGAAUCC